AUGGUUUAGCAGAUACCUGAUCAGGAAGAUAUCAAUGCAUCAAUUGAUCAGCUGAGAUAAACGCAAUAAAGUCUGCAGAGUCUAAUUCAAAAUGUGGCAUCAUAAAACUUCUUUAUAAUGAACUCAAUUAUGCAUCAUUAGCAACAAAUGGCAGAAACUAGUACUGCUAAUUUUGUAAGGUUUGCUCAAUUAAGCGAUUUGAUCUAGUAGGUAGUUUCGCAUUUCCAGAUUGAUGCUGCAAAUGAAAUUGAGAGUAAUCUCGCUCAUUAGAGGAGAGAAGCCUAACGAGGUGUGGAAUACAUUAUAGAAGAUACGGAAAAAUGA